AUGAGGAGAAUAGGUGAUGAUCUAGGUCGCAUUAUUCAUAUUAUGAUUGUUGUACAUAUUGAACAUAAAGUUAUUGGAUUAUCAGCAUCAGAUUUUUAUUAUUUCUUAGAUGCUUUACAUACACAAAAGAAAAAAAUUCAAACAUCAUCUAUUAAAUUACAAACGGAACGUCAAAAAAUCAAUACAAUUUAUCAAUAUUUUACUGAUCUUAGUUCAUCAUCUCCAUCAAGUUCAUCGAAAAAAUCUUCAUCAAGUAGUGUUAAUACUACUAAUAAAAAACAAACAAAUUCAUCAGUUACAACAAAUGAAGAAGGAACAAUUAAUAGUCCAUCAUCAAAGAAAGAUCAACAAUAUCCUCGAUACAUUACGAAAAUUGAAAAUUUCUUCGAUUCCAAAGUAGAUUAA